GUGGUGUCAGAAGGAGCAGGUCAUCGAUUUGCUGAAGGAGGGCUUCUGGCUGGAUCUGCUGGACACUUACCAGCCUGACAUUGUGGUCUCGGACUGGUGGAGUGGCUUCCAGGACUAUGGCUGUGAAUAUGAGCUCUAUGUUGCCCUCCUGGCAGCUAAUAAAAAAAGGACGGUUGGUGUUUUUGAAGCCAAACGAAAUCCCAGACUUCUAAGCAUGGUCCCCUCAUACCAAAAGGUAACCCACACAUUCAGACAAUAUGGCCCUGGAGUCCGAUACAUCCUCUUUCGGCACAGAGGGAAGGACACGCAGUUCUGGAAAGGACAUUACGGUGCCCGGGUGACAAACUCUUCCAUGGUAAUCCAGUUUUCCUCGGAGUCUGCAGAAUCCCCGGAGCCUGGACUCUCUUCCGCCCCAACUUCCCAGCUCCCCAGCCCCGUUUUGCCUCCGAAAUCAUAUUUCUGAACUGGCGAAAAAUGAGGAUCCUGUCUUUAACCUUAAAACACAGGAAGUCCUUGAGUUGCAACUGUUUAGUGACUGAACGGCACUGAAAAAGAUGACCUCAGACCAAUCUUCACAAUGAUGGCCAUUACAGGCUCCCCAUGGUCAACAGAUCAAAAUUCCAAUGCUCAGCAAAUGGUUCAUAUUUGUCUCAGGAUUAAGCGGUCAUCUUUUGUGACCAUCUGACCAACAAAGAGAAUAGGAAAGCCAGAUCCACUUAACAACGGUGUUACUCAUUGAACAACCGGAGGGAUUCACUUAAUAUGCCAAGAAACGUCAUAUAAUCGGGUAAAACUCACUUAACACAAUUCUCACUUAACAACGUAAAGUUUGGGCUGAGUUGGGGGUCUUAAGUGGGGGAACUACCUUUACGCCACGGGUGUCAAUCCUGAUUGUGUCAAGUGACCACACAUUUUUUUUUUGACACCCACCUUGGGGUGGGUGUGGCCUGAGCGUGACGCAGUUUGACACCCCUGCUUCAAGCCAUUCUUGGAAAGGUUUCAAUCCUUCCGUC